CCACCUGCUGGAGGGAGCCAUAUUUCCGUAUUAUUUUUUGAUCGAGUUGGGCCUCUUCCUUUCCCUCUCUGAACCAGUUGAGAACUGUUCUAACCUAUAGGAGAGCACUUCGACACCCCCCCUCCUUUACACACGCCUACUACUUUCCUUUGGACACAACCACUUCCUUCCACAUGCUUGCUAUUUUCCUUUCAACACACCCACUCGCCCAUAUUCCGGUUUCCAUAUUGAGCUGUAGCUACCUCCUCAAACGAUUUGGUUGAAAAAUCUUACUAACGAUACCGACUAGAGAGCAAAAUACUGUGUUCAUAGCUGGAAUGCUGUUCGAUCUAAGUGCCAGUGCGACGUUUUACGUCACGUCAUCGUACCGGAUGUUGAUACAGAAUCCGCAGGAACAGCUGGGAGAGAACAACAAAGCGACAACGAACCCAACAGACUUUGGGGAAUAAAAGUAUUCACGUGGAAAAGGACGGCUUAGCUACCAAUAGCUAAAACCCAACUAGUCGAAAAGUCUUUAAACGAGAGCAGCGUUUAACCUUCCGUUUGGUCCUGCAGGUGAGUGUGUACUGAACCAUGGGGCGGAUCUUCCUGGACCACAUCGGGGGCACACGCCUCUUCUCCUGCGCCAACUGUGACACUAUCUUGACAAACCGCUCAGAACUCAUCUCCACCCGCUUCACCGGAGCCACCGGCAGAGCCUUCCUCUUCAACAAGGUGGUGAACCUGCAGUACAGCGAGGUGCAGGACCGCGUGAUGCUGACGGGCAGACACAUGGUGCGAGAUGUCAGCUGUAAGAACUGUAACAGCAAGCUGGGCUGGAUCUAUGAGUUUGCCACCGAGGACAGCCAGCGCUACAAGGAGGGCCGCGUCAUCCUGGAGAGAGCACUCGUCAGGGAGAGCGAGGGCUUCGAAGAACAUGUCCCCUCUGACAAUUCCUGAGCUGAUGCUCAAAAUACUCACUCAUCCCUACGCCCCUGCCCUAACCCUCCAUAGCCCCAAGCUCAUUAUUCCAGACACUGGUCAAUAGUCUAGGCUCCACCCACAGCUUUGACCUAGCUCGGACUUUUUGACCUCUCCUGAUUGGCUGGAUCUCUUGAUGCGUUGUUGGCCUCUCCUAAACCCCUCUCUCUUUCAAAGACCACCUUCUGUCACCUAGAGACAUCGAGGGGCCCGCGUUCACAUAGCUAUGGACUCCAUGCACACGUGCAAACACAGGAUUUUGAAGGCAACUACACACACUGCAAGGCACACAGACUCAUAUUUACAUACUUGACAUGCUCACAUGCAUGAUUAGUAGAUUUAUUCACUGACUGGAUAUUUUGUCAACGUUACAGCUGCAGUCACUAUAACUCCCUCCCAGUGUUGUGUGUACUGUGUAUCCUUAUCCUCUAUCUGGCUGCUGUACCUGUGCAUGCAUUGUGAGGACCUUCUUGUUGUCAUGCACAUCCCCACAAGUCCCUCCUUCUGUGUGUGAGGAGUGCGAGCAGCCUAUUGCCUCUUAGUAAGUGAGGAGCUGAGCAGGGUAGUAUCAUGCCCAAAGACUGGUGGCCUGCUGGGCUGGCCUUCAUAUGAACUGUUGCUGUUCCUCCCAAUUUCUGACAAUUCCCAGCCAGUUGGAAUGAAGGGAUCUGUGUUCUCUGUCAUGCUGUUCUUUGUUUCCAAUCCCUGCCCAGGUUAAUGUACAAUAGAUAGAAAUCUAGAAGAAAAAGAAACACACACCUAUUAAGACGAGGUGCUGGCUAGCGGAGUAGAAACUUGAAAAUAAAAGAGAGCCGCACACUAGGAGCUCAGAUGCAAAAAUGUAAUACCAACGUUUCGACAGCCAUUUUCAAUAGAUAGAGAAAUAACACAUGAUCAUCAGAAAUGAUUAGAAUUGUAUUAAUGGUUAGUAUCAUUAUUGUAUUUUUAUUCUCAGAUGAGUCAUUGUUUUAACUGGUUUGCUUUUCAAAUCAGUUUAUUAGUCGAGUACACAGAUGUGCGGGUGUUAAAGCACCUCCAACAGUACAGUAGAAUGUCACGUGAAUACAAUACAAAUAUAUAUUUUUUUAAUUAACCAAGAAAUUACAGAAUGAGUAUAAAAAAAUAUUGCUUUUAUGAUUUUGUUUUUCUUUAUGUAUUUUUUCUUGAUAUGAGGUAUAAAAAAAAGAGUAAGAUUGUCUCUUUUUCCAGUUAUCCUGCUUGGGCAAUUUUUCCUCUGUAGUGAUGAUUUCUGAAUAAAGUGUGUAUUCUUGCUAAAAGUAA